UCACAGAAGAAGAGGGAGUACGUUUUAAACGGAGAAGAAGAAGCGCGGUGACGUCGAUUUCCUUGCGACAAAAAUACCGUGCAUGUAGCAUGUAGCAGCUGCAGUUAGAGGCGACUUCCCUGGAUCCUGCUGCUGGCUACGAGACUGAAACGAUAAUGCGAAGUUUACUGACGACCCUAUGACGAUGUGAGAGGCAGCUGUGUGUCGGCGGUGUUGUUGAGGAGCAGUGCAUGUCCCGGCCGCAGGAGGUGGAGGAGGGCAGGCAGAGGCUCUGAGCUCUGUGUCGGUGUCCGGGAUGGAGACCUGGACCCCCAACCCCCGAGCCAAGCCUUUCAUUCCCCGCCAGCAGAGGAGCCUGUACCUCACCUGGAAGUACAAGCUCACCAACAAGAGGACCAUCCGUCGCUUCUGUCAGGCGGGUGCUGUGCUGUUUCUGCUGAUAACUGUCAUAGUCAACAUUAAACUCAUCUUGGACACAAGAAGAGUUGCUAAUGAAGAUGCAGCGGCUCAAGAAUAUGAGGACACAAUACCCAACAUGGAGACACCACGCAGGCCGGCUAACGGACGCAAGGUCCUGGACAUUGAGGUGUACUCCAGCCGCUCCAAGGUCUAUGUGGCAGUGGACGGAACCACUGUGUUGGAGGACGAUAUGCGGGAGCAGGGCAGAGGCAUUCAUGUGAUAGUUCUCAACCAGGCAACUGGUCAUGUGAUGGCUAAGAGGAUAUUUGACACCUACUCCCCCCACGAGGACGAAGCCAUGAUCCUCUUCCUCAACAUGGUGACCCGAGGCCGAGUCCUCAUAUUCACUAUAAAGGAUGAGGGCACCUUCCACCUGAAGGAUGCUGCUAAAAACCUGCUCAAGAGUUUGGGCAGCCAGGUGUCCCUCAACCUCAGCUGGAGGGACAUGUGGACCCUGGUGGUGAAGAAAGGAGGUCAGGUGUAUGGAGAGAAGCACUCAAAAUCUCCAGCUCUGUCCACCUGGGGAGACCCGGUGCUGCUGAAGACCGAGGUGCAGCUCACUGCCUCUGAAGAGGCAGAGUGCCACUGGGCAGACACUGAGCUCAACAGGAGGAGGAAGCUCUUCUGCAGCAAAGUGGAAGGAUACGGCAGCAUCUGCAGCUGCAAGGACCCGGCGCCCAUUGAGUUUAACCCUGAUCCUCUGCCAAAAAAUAACGUCAUCAACGUCCCGGUGGCUGUCAUAGCAGGGAACAGACCCAACUAUCUCUACAGGAUGCUGAGGUCGCUUCUUUCAGCCCAUGGCGUCAACCCGCAGAUGAUCACUGUCUUCAUCGAUGGAUAUUAUGAGGAGCCUAUGGAUGUCGUAGAGCUCUUUGGACUGAAGGGAGUUCAGCACACACCAAUCAGCAUCAAGAAUGCCAGAGUGUCCCAGCAUUACAAGGCCAGUCUGACUGCAACUUUCAACCUUCACCCAGAGGCCAACUUUGCCAUCGUCUUAGAAGAAGACCUGGAUAUUUCCAUCGACUUCUUCAGUUUUCUGAGUCAGACCAUCCACCUGUUGAAUGAGGAUGACAGUCUGUACUGCAUCUCAGCCUGGAACGACCAGGGCUAUGAGCACACAGCGGAGGACCCAGCGCUGCUGUACAGAGUGGAGAGUAUGCCCGGCCUGGGCUGGGUGCUGAAGAAGAGCCUCUACAAGGACGAGCUGGAGCCAAAGUGGCCGACACCUGAGAAGCUGUGGGACUGGGACAUGUGGAUGCGAAUGCCGGAGCAGAGGAAAGGCAGAGAGUGCAUCAUCCCUGACGUAUCCCGCUCCUACCACUUCGGCAUCAUCGGCCUCAACAUGAAUGGAUAUUUCCAUGAGGUUUAUUUCAAGAAACACAAGUUCAACACUGUUCCCAAUGUGCAGCUGAAGAACGUUGACAGUUUAAAGAAAGAUGCUUAUGAAGUGGAGAUCCAGAACCUGCUGAAGGAGGCAGAAGUGCUGGACCACACUAAGAACCCGUGUGAGGACUCUUUCCUGCCAGACUCUGAGGGGAAGACCUACGUCAUGUUCAUUAAGAUGGAGACAGAGACGGACACAUCCACCUGGACAGAGCUGGCUAAGUGCCUCCAUGUUUGGGACCUGGAUGUUCGAGGAUAUCACAGAGGUCUGUGGCGGCUCUUCAGAAAGAGGAAUCAUGUCCUGGUGGUGGCUGUGCCCAUCUCCCCAUACUCUGUGAAGAAACCAGCCAGUGUCACUCCCAUUCACUUAGAGCCUCCGCCCAAAGAAGAGGGAGCACCAGUGGAACAGAUGUAGACCUGAUGUUACACACACACAUACACACACACACACACACACACACACACACACACACACACACACACACACACUUGACACAACCAGUCCAGGCCUUAACUCCACUUCACCAACAACCACUAAUAAUCCAGCCUGGGACCCACAACUACAAAACUGACUUUUUCCUAGAUGCUGAACUUGUAUGCACAAGGAUACCUGGGAAAUGGAGUCCAAUUUUGUUUUUUUCUUACUUUAAAACAAGAAAGAGGGAUUAACACUACAAACUGCACUACUUAAUCCGUCCAACAGCUCAAGGAGGAACAGUGAUGCUAAAACCAGUUUUGAAUGAACAACCAAACCAGUAUACAACUGUCAACAGAUGUCGGUUUCUGUGACUACUGUGGGCUCCGCCACCGUCUGACAAAUUUCAAAUCAAGCUGUGAUUUUUCAGCAAGAACAGUACAAAUGAUACAAACACACACUCACUAGAGUUAAGCCACUUUUUCCUCUUAGUUUGUUGUGUUUUUAACUACUGAGUGCUUUGUUCAUUUUGUACAUACGUUUUAACUUAUCUCUAUUUAUUUUACAUCCGUCAAUCAAAAAUGAGCGGUUUGUUUGCUUUUUUCUUUUUUAAUAGAUCCACUUUUAUCAAGAUCAGUGCAUUUUUAAGAGCCUAACGUUUACAGAUAAUAAAAUAAUAAUGUAUAUACAUGCCUAUAUAUUUUUUGAUGAAAAAUUUAAAGGGUACGCAUAUUUUUCAGCAUUAAAUAUUGAGUUUGAGUGAAAAAGUUGAUAACAGCCCUGUGGGUUUUUACUAUUAUUGACUGCUUGGGUCAGUUGCUUCGGAUCAAGUUUCAUGAGGGGAAGUCAUUGGUGGCUGAAAGAGACGAAAAUGAGAAAAUAUGAAUAGAUUUAGAGACAUACACUCCAACUAGAAACACAAUAAAACACGUCUAUCAGAUUGUAUCACAGUUAUGCUUUCCACUGAAAAGUAAAAACAGAAAAAAAACUCUCCUUUUCUUUUUGAAUUAAAAAAAACAACUAGUUUUUGACUUGAUAUAGGCAAAGUUCUUUCACAGCUUUUUAAGUUCAGAGAGAACACAUAACACAGACAUUCACACCACAAAAUAAAAGUGGAUUUUUUUUUUUUUAUUAAAAAAGAAGGUUGCAUAUUUAAUUCUGUUUAUAACUGUAAAUGCGGGGUGACAUUUUUGUUGCAUGUUCUUGAUUCAUUAUUAUUUUAUUUUUUGUAUUAGAAUUGCUUUAUUCUUAAAAAGAAAGAGACGGAUAAAGAAAUGUACCAUUCAGUCUCAAAAGACUAUUCAGUGCAUUGCGAGCUCAUUGCAGUGUUUUGUUUGCAGUGUGUUUCUAAUUGCAGUGUUUGUCAAAUUUUUAAAAAAAUGAGCUUGUUUUCCUGGUAUGCAGAGUUUUGGCCUCUUUCAGCCGCCAUAAAAGCUAGAGGCUCCAACACUCUAACAGAACGUAGCAACUUUAACCAUUUCAUACACUCUUCAUCUUGACAGAAUACACAAAGCCCACCCAGGUAUUUAUUGGCCACAGGUCAUAUGAUUUAUGAAUAUUGAAAUAGUAAGGAGCCGGGUUAUAGAACAGACAGAUAUUUAAAGGGUCCUCAUGUGUUUGCAUUAUUUUUUUUGUUGUGUCAGUCAUCUGUGGUGGAAAUGUGAGAUUUGUUCUUAAAUAUCAUCAGCUCGAUGUGACUUUAAAACGCUACAAUCUUUACACAGAAACUGAGAGGGAUCGCUUUUUUUCCUUUAUUCAGACUUAAUAUUUAAUUUUAUACUUUAAAUAAAUUAUUAUGCUGUGGUUUUCUUGCUGAAUUUUAAAACAUUUUUUCCAAGGUAAUGGUUAUCUUAUCUCUAAGUGAGAAUGCAGUAUGUUCUAUACAACUGAAAUCAUCAUACUGUACAAGCUGCCCUGGACUAAUUAUAUCCCUCUGCAGUUCAUCAAAAGGGACUGAUAAGCAGAAUCAGCAAUUCAGUCAAAAUACUAAGCAGUUUAUAAAAACUUAAUAGGCGGUUUAUAACACUAUAACAUAGCUAUAAGCGAACAUGACAACAUUUUGAAAUGUUAUUCAGUGUAUGUCUGCAAUUAUAACUCUCUUGUGAAGUAUCAAUAACCAUCAGUGAUAUGUAGCGAUGGACUGUGUGAAGAGGGUCUGAGCAUCAAGCAGCGCACCUCCAAUUUUUUUUUAACAGCUAUACAUCAUAGUGUGUUUCAAUUAUUGCUCAGUUGUUAAAGGGAUAGUACAGAUUUUUUGAAGUGGGCUUGUAUGGGAUACAUCCAUUGACAGUGAAUUACGUACAGUAGAUCUUAGUCGGCAACAUGUCCCCACUUUGGAAAAGCAGGCCGGAGUCCGACACGGAAUAUACACAAUCUACUGCUGUAGAUGAGGGGCAUCAGCAAAACGUUUUCUUUUUAGCCACCUUAAACAAGUCUCGUCUAACAAAAAAAACAAACAAAAAAUGCCGUUCGAGUGCAUGCUAUAUUGAGACUAUUUUCACUACUUACCUUUCAUUCAGACAGCCCGUUUUGACAGAGAAGCUGUUAAUGUCUACUCAUUUAUGUUCUUGUCAAGACCACCAAACUCCAUUUAGAAAAACCGUAAUUGUAGGCUCUCUAUACACAAGAGCUGCUGGUCUACUGCUGCUUCAAUCAGUUAAUUAGUUUGUGUUGUUGUAUGACUUCUGUGAAUCCGAACUAACCCUUGGAAAUACCAAAGUCACACAAUAAUAUAAACAAAGGUAUUGAUAGGUGCAGCAGCUCAUGUGUUCAGCGAUGCUAAAUCACUGUUUAACUCAAUGGAGUCUGGCUUCGAAGACAGCUAUAUAACGGGUUCACUUUCCCAUUGGAAUUCACUGACUGACACUAAGGUAAAGCAAUGAAAUUAUUCUGAAUAUAGCAUGUACUUGAACUGAUUUUUUUUUAAAAUAUAUGUUUUGUUGCUGGCCCCCAUCCACAGCAGUACAUUGCUUAGUUUUUGGUCAGUACUCCAGUCUGCUUCUCCAUAUGUGAAGCAGCUGACUCUACUGUAGGUAAUAUACCUUCUAUGGAUAAGAACCUCAUACAUAUACAUACAUAUGUUACUUAUGAAUGCUAAUUAGGGGGAUUAUAAAUGUUAGACUAUCCUUUCAGUCACCAUUUGAAGUAAGAGUUUUUUUUGUUCUUCACUCUUGCUUGAAGUGAUUUUCAGCUGACAUAACACUGUACCAACUGCAUCCAUCAGUAUUUUCAGCAUCUUAAUUUGAGUGUAUCUGUGUGUUCAGAAAACCCCAAAUUUACCAUCUGCAGUCAGAGAAUCCUGUCAUUUCUUCAGCAGUAUUACAGCCCUUGUAUUGACUGAAUUAAUGUCCACGUGCGUUCUGAACAUUUCAGUUUGGUUUUAAGAAAAUGAAAAGGUAUAUUAGGGGUGAUUUUGAAGCUACUUUCUUUUAAUUUUUGUCUUUUUAUUUAGUUUUUUUUAGUGGUAUGUGUGCUUCUCUUAGUUGGAUGGUUGAAUGUCAAACUAAAUCUCAGCAAUACAGUUCAUUUUGUGUGAGAUAUUUUUGGAAAUACUGGAAGGUACGUUGUAUGUGUGAUGAUGUGUGAUGAUGGGGAUCCAUGAGUACGUUUCUGAUGCAUUUGACAUAUGUAUGAUGUCCUUUACCUUUUAUCAUGGAAAUGAAUAAAGAUGUUUUUUACUGAG